UCUUUUGAUUGGACACUUAGAUAGACAGUCUCCACCUCCCGGGGCUCUGAUGGCUUAGGGCUGCGGACAGAGCCCGCUGAUUGGCUAGUUCCUCAGACAGCCCCUCCCCCUGUGUGGUGGGUGGAUGAGACGCUGUGGGGUGCCUGCCCCACGUCUCCGAGCCGGUUAUACCCUCCCGCCGGUGCGGUGAGCGAGGUGGGUCUUCCCCCGCAAAGCCCGCACCCAUGGAGCUUUCCUACCAGACGCUGAAGACCGCCUACCAGGCCAAGGAGGCGGACGAGAUGCGGACAGAAGCUCGUAGAAAAAAUCUUCUCAUUCUAAUUUUGCAUUAUUUAACAGAGGAAGGGUAUGUUGAUGCUGCAAAUGCUUUGGAACAAGAAACCAAAUUAGCUUUACGCCGCUUUGAAGUUUGUGACAACGUUGAUCUUGAGACUAUUUUGAUGGAAUAUGAAAGCUAUUACUAUGUAAAAUUCCAGAAAUACCCUAAAAUUACCAAAAAGGCCCUAGACACUGCAGAAAAUAAACAGCAACCAAGAAAUGGAGGAAAACCAAGAAGGACGGCAAGUAGCUCUUCUCAUAAUCUUCCUAGGAUCAACCAGCAUCAAACUAUGCAGCGGCCAUUAUCAAAAACCUCAUCUGGGACGACAACAGAGCCUAAACCAUCUAGCAAGGACAGCCCCAAACAGGAGAAUGACAAUACAGUUACUCGGGAGCGAGCUGAUUUUGGUUUAAAUGUGUCCGCAAUCAACAGAGGUGGUGGAGGAGAAAGCACUCACCCAAGAAGGGGCCAAAUAAUUGACUUCCGUGGGAUGAUCCAAGAUGCUAUCAAAGGAGCAUCAAAUGAAAUAGCCUCAAACAGCCUUAACUGUGAUCCAGAUCCUUCAGAACGAUUGUUGAAACCUCUGAGUGCUUUUAUUGGCAUGAGUGGUGAGAUGAGAGAACUUGCAACGGUUGUAAGCAGAGACAUUUAUCUUCAUAAUCCAAACAUAAAGUGGGAUGACAUUAUUGGACUUGAUGCAGCCAAGCGGUUAGUCAAGGAAGCAGUGGUGUAUCCUAUAAGGUAUCCACAGCUGUUUACCGGGAUUCUCUCCCCUUGGAAAGGAUUAUUAUUAUAUGGACCUCCAGGUACUGGAAAGACUCUGCUUGCUAAGGCUGUUGCUACUGAAUGCAAUACAACUUUCUUCAACAUUUCAGCAUCCACUAUUGUCAGCAAAUGGAGGGGUGAUUCAGAAAAACUUGUCCGGGUGUUAUUCGAACUUGCCCGAUAUCAUGCUCCCUCCACAAUUUUCUUGGACGAGCUGGAGUCGGUAAUGAGUCAGAGAGGCAAUCAUCCUGGCGGUGAACACGAAGGAAGUCGGCGGAUGAAAACAGAAUUAUUGGUGCAGAUGGAUGGCUUGGCCCGAUCAGAUGAUCUUGUAUUUGUUUUAGCAGCUUCCAAUCUGCCAUGGGAAUUAGAUUAUGCCAUGUUGCGACGGCUGGAGAAGAGGAUUUUGGUUGAUCUCCCAAAUAAAGAGGCACGACAGGCUAUGAUUCAGCACUGGCUGCCCCCUGUCAGCAACAGUAGAGGAGUGGAGCUGAGAACGGAGCUGGAGUACAGCUUGCUAGGUCAGGAGACAGAAGGAUACUCUGGCUCUGACGUUAAAUUGGUCUGCAAGGAAGCAGCUAUGCGGCCAGUGAGGAAAAUCUUCAAUGCUCUUGAAAAUCAUCAGCCAGGUAGCAGUAAUUUACCCGAACUCCGACUGGACACGGUCACCACAGCAGAUUUCCUGGAUGUGAUCGCUCACACCAAGCCCUCAGCAAAGAAUUUAAGUCAGAAGUACACAGCCUGGCAGAGAGAUUUUGAAUCUGUUUGAAAUAGCUUUAGACUUUGAAAUCAAAGAUACCCACUAUCCAAAACGGCAUCUGUGAUUGGGGUUCAGCUACAGAUAGAGGGACUGAA